GUAGCAGGAGGCGUACAUAAACCUCGACGCAGGAGGCGGGUCUGCUCAGUCCUCGAGGCGUCGGCGGUCUGUGUUGUUUUACUACUGUUGGUUGUCGGCUUGUGCGCGGGUGCGCGAACAUGGCCUCAAACGAUUAUACCCAGCAAGCAACGCAAAGCUAUGGGGCCUACCCCACCCAGCCUGGGCAGGGCUAUUCCCAGCAGAGCAGUCAGCCCUACGGACAGCAGAGUUACAGUGGUUAUGGCCAGUCAGACACUUCAGGCUAUGGCCAGAGCAGCUAUGGUGGUUCUUACGGACAGACCCAAAACACAGGCUAUAGCACUCAGUCAGCUCCCCAGGGAUAUGGCUCAGCUGGUGGCUAUGGUAGUAGCCAGAGUUCUCAGUCGUCUUAUGGGCAGCAGUCUUCCUACCCUGGCUAUGGUCAGCAGCCAGCUCCUAGCAGCACCUCUGGAACUUACGGUAGCAGUUCUCAGAGCAGCGGCUAUGGGCAGCCCCAGAGUGGGGGCUAUGGCCAGCAGUCUGGCUACAGUGGACAACAACAAAGCUAUGGCCAGCCACAAAGCUCCUACAAUCCCCCUCAGGGCUAUGGACAGCAGAAUCAGUACAAUAGUAGCAGUGGAGGUGGUGGAGGAGGAGGUGGUGGAGGUAACUAUGGCCAAGAUCAGCCCUCCAUGAGUGGCGGCAGUGGUUAUGGCAAUCAGGACCAGAGUGGUGGUGGCGGUGGUGGCUACGGGGGAGGCCAGCAGGACCGUGGGGGCCGUGGCCGGGGCGGUGGUGGUGGUUACAACCGAAGCAGUGGUGGCUAUGAACCCAGAGGUCGUGGAGGUGGCCGUGGAGGCAGAGGCGGCAUGGGCGGAAGUGACCGUGGUGGCUUCAAUAAAUUUGGUGGCCUCCGGGACCAGGGAUCACGUCAUGACUCUGAACAGGAUAAUUCAGACAACAACACCAUCUUUGUGCAAGGCUUGGGUGAGAAUGUUACAAUCGAAUCUGUGGCUGAUUACUUCAAGCAGAUUGGUAUUAUUAAGACAAAUAAGAAAACGGGACAGCCCAUGAUUAAUCUGUACACAGACAGGGAAACAGGCAAGCUGAAGGGAGAGGCAACAGUAUCAUUUGACGACCCACCUUCUGCUAAAGCAGCUAUUGACUGGUUUGAUGGUAAAGAAUUUUCUGGGAAUCCUAUCAAGGUCUCCUUUGCUACUCGGCGAGCUGACUUCAAUCGGGGUGGUGGCAAUGGUCGUGGAGGCCGAGGGCGAGGAGGACCCAUGGGCCGUGGAGGCUAUGGAGGAGGUGGCAGUGGUGGCGGUGGACGGGGAGGGUUCCCCAGUGGAGGUGGUGGUGGUGGAGGACAGCAGCGAGCUGGUGACUGGAAGUGUCCUAAUCCUAUAUGUGAAAACAUGAACUUCUCUUGGAGGAAUGAAUGCAACCAGUGUAAGGCCCCUAAACCAGAUGGCCCAGGAGGGGGACCAGGAGGCUCUCAUAUGGGUGGUAACUAUGGAGAUGAUCGUCGUGGUGGCAGAGGAGGCUAUGAUCGGGGUGGCUACCGAGGCCGAGGCGGGGACCGUGGGGGCUUCCGAGGAGGCCGGGGUGGUGGGGACAGAGGUGGCUUUGGCCCUGGCAAGAUGGACUCCAGGGGUGAGCACAGACAGGAUCGCAGGGAGAGGCCCUAUUAGCCUGGCUCCUGAGGUUCUGAAACAGCUUUUCUUCCUGUACCCAGUGUUACCCUUGUUAUUUUGUAACCUUACAACUCCUGAUGACCUAUGGUUUUUUUUUUUUUUUGUUGUUGGACUAUGUAAUUGUAACCAUACCUCUCGUUCCCAUUAAAAACCAUUGUUUUGCUUAAUUUUUUCCCCCAUUUCCCCCUUUUCACUCCUGGAAGGUCCGAAUCAGGAAUGUGGGUAUUUCUGUUUUUUUUUUUUUCCUCUUUCAGAUCAUCCUGCCUAGCAGGCACUAGAAUAAUUUUUAUGUUCCUGCUUAGCAGGAACUGAAAUAAAGUGUUUGAUACCUGG